ACGAGAUGUAUAUAAAUGGGGCUUUAUGGCACCCCCAUUACUGCUUGUCUCCAAUUCAUAUUCCUCACUUUUGCAACAAAAUCCACGAAGAGACUACACCAACAAAUGGAGGCAUUGAGGAUAAGACUAUUUUUGGCUAUGAUGGUGGUGUUGAUGGCCAUGUCAGCGGUCCAAUAUGUUGCGGCAGCUGAUGCACCGGCCCCUACUCCUACCUCAGAUGCCACCGCAUUCGUGCCGACGGCAUUUGCUUCCCUUGUCGCUCUUGCGUUUGGUCUCCUCUUUUAAAAUGGAUGAAUUGUAUUGGUUGUUGAUAUUUCAAUAUUGGGGGUUAUGUAGAGUUCUUUUGUCUUCUUUUAUUCAUUCUCUCUAAAGGCCAUACAACUCUUAUGGAGAUGGAAAAAAGAUAGAGAAAAGGUGGAGAUUUUUUUUCUUUUUCUACUUUAAUUUUUCCUUAUGACAAUUGGUUGAUGUAUUCAUUGUUUUGAUUUUAAUGUAUAUUUGAUGUGAUUUGUUUGUUGGUGACCUAAUGAAGUUUUUGUUUGCUUAUAA